GAAACAACUUCAAACGGCUUGUGGUGGAAUCGGGGCAGGAAACGAAAAGCAGCUUCCUUCUCAUUUCUUUCUGCGGUCCAUCCCCAACAGGGACGCGCUUAAGCAAUCCAUCCCUUCCCGGCUUCUCUAAAAUCAAUAUCUGCUCAAUCGAAAACCCUAAUUUCCCCCAUCCCUCAACCCUGCCCGAUCCAUCAAUUUUGUGCCUCUUACACUACGAUUUUGCAGAUCAGGGCAGGAGGGAUUUACUUCGAUAUAGUUGAAAAAUGUUUACCAGGAUAUUUGGCAAGCCUAAGCAGGAAGGCAAUGCCCUGGCCACCUUGGAUAAACUGAAUGAGACACUUGAAAUGCUCGAGAAAAAGGAGAAAGUGCUUCUCAAAAAAGCUUCUCAAGAAGUUGAAAAGGCCAGAGAAUUUGCACGAGGAGGAAACAAAAGGGCUGCCCUCCAGUGCUUGAAAAGGAAGAAGUUGUAUGAACAGCAAGUAGAACAGCUGGGGAAUUUCCAAUUGAGGAUUCAUGAUCAGAUGAUAAUGUUAGAGGGUGCAAAAGCCACUACUGAAACUGUAGAUGCAUUGAGAACUGGAGCAGCUGCAAUGAAGGCGAUGCAAAAAGCAACAAAUAUUGAUGACGUGGACAAGACCAUGGAUGAAAUCAAUGAACAAACCGAGAAUAUGAAGCAGAUCCAAGAAGCAUUGUCAACUCCAAUUGGUUCUGCAGCUGAUUUCGAUGAAGAUGAAUUGGAGGCAGAACUUGAAGAGUUGGAAGGUGCUGAGUUGGAAGAACAACUUCUACAACCUGCAACCACAGCUCCUGCAGCUCCAGUCCACGUGCCUGCAGGAAAACAACCUGCUCGUCCUCUUCCUCAAAGGAAGAACACCAAGGAGGAAGACGAACUUGCUGCCUUACAGGAAGAAAUGGCGCUCUAAAGCAGGGAGCUAGCUGCCUGUGGAACACGGUAGAGAACUCUUUUGAAGAUGGGUCAUUUCUGUAUCAUGGAUUUCUCCUUCAAACUCUCCAUUUCAUGCAUCUUGUGUGUGGCAUUGAACGGUGGACCCUUGUAUAUAAGGAUCUUGGAAACUUGACAACAAAGUUCUUGAUAAAUUCGCAAUGCUCUCUCUUUAUCUCUUUGUGAGCUUUUGAUCAUGCUUCCCCAUAUUUUCUUCACUUCUCGGUUUAUGUUCCGUCUCAGACUCAGUCCUCCUGUGCUGUGAUCAUCGGAUGUGUAUCAUUGAUAACAUUAAUACCAACUGGGUAGCCUUGCAUUAUCAUUUAGGUCAAUACUUGAAGUGAAUGAUGAAUAUAUAGCAAUUUCUGCUUUAUGGCUUUAUUUGUAGUCUUGGGUGUAUCUACCUGAGGUUUAGCAUGGAAAGAUGGUCGAUAUCAGUUCAAUAAAGCCCAAAAAAAAAAAAACCCCCUGCAUCAGAAGCAAGGUAGCACUGCAAGCCUGACCAACUGGCUUCAAAUUCCACCGA